UGCAAAGUGCUUCGCUCUUUUUCUUCCCUACCAAUUACUUUCUAGGGUUCUCGGAUUUGUCUUCUAAAUCUGGGGUUCACACGUUCUCCAUGGAUUCUCGAGAUUCAUUAUCUUCGGACGCCGCUAGAGAUGGGUCAAUCGGCGACGAAGCCAUCGUUCUUUCGGUCACUUGUGCACUCGCUAAAGACGCUCUCUCCUAUUUCCAAUCUGGAAAAUUCCACGAGUGUAUCGACAUUCUGAUUCAGCUCAACCAGAAGAAACAUAACGAUCCCAAGGUUCUUCACAAUAUGGCAAUUGCAGAGUACUUCAGAAACGCUUGCUUCUAUUCUAAGAAACUGCUAGAAGAUCUUAACACUGUCAAGAAACAGAGUGAAGAACUUGCUUCUGCUGCAAAAGAACAAAUGGAAGCUGUUAACCCUGGAUCGAGCGUCUCUGUGUCAAAGGAUCAUUUUGAUAGUACAUUAACAACUCUUAACAUUGCAGUUACCUGGUUUCAUCUGCAUCAGUAUACAAAAUGUUUAUCCAUUCUAUAUCCUCUGUUUCUAAAUAUAGAGCCGUUAGAGGAGACAAUUGCACUUCAAAUCUGCUUUUUGAUGCUGGAUAGUGCACUGGCUUGUCACGAUGCUGUGAAAUUUUUGGAGGUGUUUAGCCAUCUGGAUAAAUCUUUUGGUGUUGGUUUUGGAACUCAUGAGGAAAUUGGAAGCACAAUGCAACUUUCUUCAAAUCAUGUAUCAAAAACAUCUUCUCUCCUGAGCACCUCAGCGGCCUCAGAUGCUUUGAAGUCUGAUUUAACAGCUGCGGAAAGUGGUUUGUGUGAGGAAGAGUAUGACAAUGUUCUGGCGGAAAUUGAGGCCGAGAAACGAAUGAAGCCAGUUGGCCAUAUUCCAGCAAACAAUCUUCUCAAGACAAUAGGAGAAAGGUCGAUCUUGACUGUUGAUGUGAAGCUUGAGUUGCAGCUUUACAAGGUCCGGUUCUUACUUCUUACGAGAAACUUAAAACUGGCUAAGCGUGAAGUUAAACAUGCGAUGAACAUUGCUCAAAAAAGGGACUCCUCUAUGGCUCUCCUCUUGAAAUCUCAACUUGAGUAUGCUCAUGGGAAUCAUCGUAAGGCUAUAAAGCUUUUGUUGGUAUCUGGUAUACAAAAAGAAUUGAGGACUUUAGGAAUCUACAACAACAACCUUGGCUGCAUAUACUAUCAGCUCGGAAAGUAUCAAGCCGCCUCUGUGUUAUUUUCGAAAGCUCUAAGGAAUUGGUCAUCACUAAGAAAGGAGAAACCGGUGAAGUUGUGUUCUCUCUCACAGGAUAAGUCUCUGUUGAUCACGUACAACUGCGGCGUGCUUUAUUUAGCUUGUGAAAAGCCUCUACUUGCUGCUCAAUGCUUCCAGAAGGCAAGCUUAGUUUUCUGCAGACAUCCCCUCCUUUGGCUCCGUAUAGCUGAAUGCUGUAUACUGGCUUUACAAAAGGGUCUUUUGGAAGAGCGAAACACUUCUUCAGAUAUAUCGGAAAUCAGAGUCCAUGUGAUUGGGAAAGGGAAGUGGAGACAACUUAUGAUGGAAGAGAAUGGAUUCGUGGAACUCGGUGGCAGUUCCCAUUGGCCAAAGCUUUCAUUACCACUAGCACGGAUCUGUCUCUCGAAUAGUAUGUAUUUGCUCAAUGUGUCUCUCUUGAAUGUCUCUAAAUCAGAUCUUGAAUCGCCAUUAUCCGUGAUGAUAAAUGAGAGCAAAGAGGCAUCAUGGUCUGAUCAUGGCGAUGCUAAUACCAACUCAGAGUUCAAGGAGGCAAAAGGAGGAAUGAACCAGGACAUAAUCCAAAACUCCCUCUCCGCUUACAAUGAUAUCCGUAGAAGAGAGAAUCAUUUGCUCAAACAGGCUCUUCUUGCCAAUUUGGCUUACGUAGAAUUGGAGUUGGAGAAUCCUAUCAAAGCUUUGUCAGCUGCUAAUUCACUCCUGCAACUUCCAGAUUGUUCAAAGGUAUAUGUUUUCUUAGCCCAUAUUUACGCAGCGGAGGCUCUCUGCUUGCUCAACAGACCCGGUGAAGCUGGUGCGCAUUUAUCUGUCUAUCUACUCGGACAGGAAGAUUUUAAACUGCCAUUUGCGCAAGAGGACUUUGACCCGUGGCGGAUGAACAUGAGUUCUGACUGUGAAGAGACAUCGGAUUGUUCCACAGGAAAUGCCCGUGAUUCACUCAAGCCAGAAGAAGCUCGUGGGGCACUUUUUGCAAACCUUGCCGCCCUCUUUGCAACACAAGGGCAUUAUGACCAGGCCAAACCUUUCAUUCAACACACGUUAACUGUCUUACCGAACAACGUACAAGCUACGAUUACAGCGGUCUAUAUCGAUCUCAUGGUGGGUAGGUCACAAGAUGCCGUUACUCGUUUAAAGCAGUGUACCCGUGUGAGCUUUGUCCCUGGCAGAUUGGAAGUGUGAACCUCGUAAAUGGUUUGUACUCUGUUCUUUUAAACCAAGCUUUAGAAAUUAGUUCCUUCUAUAACUAUCAGAGAAAUACUUUUUCUUUUUUUUUUUUUUACUUCUUGUAUUUGAUGCUUUGCGAUGAUGUUUGCAUUCUUGACUUAGAUUUGGGUCAUCGAGGGUU